GCGUCUCUUAGCAACGAGGCGACGCCGAGAUUGCCGGUAACCUAGGGGACGCGCGCCACCCGCACGGAGAGGCGAGAGAACGGCGGUCGGUCACCACGGGAAGUAGUGCCAGCAGCCAUGAGCAAGUCACGAGGAGAGGGCCUGCCCAUCAGGAGGGUGUUCAUCAGCCAUGUCGACUCGUAUGUCGGCAGGAAUAUUGGAGAGUAUCUGUCACAGUGCGUGGUCGGGGAAUCCACAGAGCCACUGGAUUUGGAGGAGGAAGAGGAGGGGGAGGAGCAGGACGGCUUCUCACAGGCGAGGGAGGGCACCUACCAGGUGGUAGGGUCCCUGAGCCAGACCCAGCAGCAGCCACCACCCUUUGUGCUUGAGACUGUGCAGGCCUCAUCUCGGGAGGAGUUAAAGUCUUUCCUCUUGGGCUGCGACAUUAUUGUCUAUGACAUCAGGGAGACGGCCGAUCUCCUGGAUGAGGCUGCAUGGGUACAUUCAGCCCUGCAUGCUGAGAUUGAGAACUUCAAGGACCCAAAGAUCUUCAUCUUGAUCUCAAGCUUCAUGACAUGGACACUCACCAAGCCUGUGGAUCCCGAUGAUCCGGAGGUUCCGUUCACUGAUGAUGACCAUCGGAAAAGAAGGCCUCAUCCUGCAUUCAAGGAUCAUGUGGCCUUGGAGAAGCUGGUCAUGAAGCUGGGCAAGACGAGUAAGAAAAAGUUCAUUGGCUAUGUGGUGUCUUCUGGACUGCCCUAUGGAAUGGGGGAAGAACCUUUUCAUUUUUUUUUCAAGACCGCCUGGUUGGGAGAGUCGCCUGCAGUACCUGUGAUUGAUAGAGGAACAAACGUCCUGCCGACCAUUCACAUCCGAGACCUGGCAGGAGUGAUUCAGAAUAUAGCUGACCACAAGCCCAAGACUCGCUACAUCCUGGCUGUGGACGAGGGCAAACACACUCAGCUAGAGGUAGCACAGGCUAUCAGUAAGAGGCUGGGCACGGGGCGCAUCAGCCACAUCUCCAAACAUGAAGCCCUGAGCAACAAGGACUGCCUGCCCCAUCAUGUGGAGCAGCUGCUGCUGGACGUGUGUGCGGAGGCCGUUUUUGUCAAAGAGGAGUUGAACGUGCGCUGGGUGGCGGAGGCCGGCUUGCUGGCCAACCUGGAGCGGGUGGUGCGCGAGUUCCGGGCCACACGGAAACUCCAGCCCAUCAGAAUCUGCAUCCUGGGCCCACCGGUAACUGGGAAGACAACUGUGGCCCAAAUGCUGUGCAAGCAUUACAAAAUACACCAUGUCAACAUGAAGGAUGUCAUCACAGAGGCUCUAUCCAAGCUGGAGAGGAUCGUUGGCUCAGCUAGCAGGAAAGAGGAGACUGAGUGGCACGAGGAAGACGUGGAGGCGUUUACAGAAGACGUUCAAGAAGCGCAGGACUUUCUUGAGGCUCUUAGAGAGAACAUGCUGCAGAAUGAAGGACGACUGGAAGAUUCGUACUUGGUACGGUUGUACAAAGAGACGUUGUCUUCCCCACCAUGCCAAAAUCAGGGCUUUGUGCUGGACGGUUUCCCCAAAACAUUUUCUCAGGCAGUGCAACUGUUUGGCGUGGAAGACGAGGAAGAUGGUGAAGAACUGAAUAAGAGGAAAGUGCCCCUCUUUGACAAGAGCAUAAUCCCAGAGCUGGUGGUGUCGCUGGACGCUGAAGACGACGUUGUGCUACACCGCGCCAUGGCGCUGCCUGAGUGCGCCGUGCUGGAGGCUGACCUCACGGAGGAGCGCGUGAGGAGACGCCUCGCAGAGUUUCACGCUCGCCAUUCCGAGGACGACACGGUCCUCGACUACUUCGAUGAGCUGGAGAUCCAUCCUGACCACAUUGAUGUGAGUGUUUGCGAGGUGGCUCAGAUCAAGCGACGGAUUAGAAAGCUGAUUGGCGAGCCCCGUAAUUACGGACCCUCAGCGGAGGAGCAGCUGGAGUUAGCCCAGCGAGCGGAGGCGAAGCAGAGGGAGCGAGAGGCACGGAGGCGUGUGGACCAGCUGCUGCUGGACGCACAGCAGGCUGCCCAGAGACUUUGUCAGGAAGAGGAGUGGCACGCGUGCUGGGAGGAAGUGAAGCGUCAGGAGCACGAGGCGAUGGGUGCCCGCCACCUGCCCCUGCGUAACUACCUCAUGAAGUACGUGAUGCCGCCGCUGGCUCAGGGCCUCGACGAGUGCUGCAAGGUGAAGCCGCACGACCCCAUCGACUUUGUGGCUGAAUACUUGCUGCAGUACAACUGUGACAAGGAGUGAGCUGUGCCAGCACGUGGAACUCGGAGAGACUGGCAGUGUUUCUGUAGUCUAGGUCGUGCCGAUUGGCAUAAUGACAGCAUCCAGAAAUAUAUGCAACUGUAAAGGGUAAAAAUCACAAUUAUUGUAUAGGAAUGUACAAAUGUUUUUCUAUUUUCGGGCCAACACAUUUAUCCGACCUUUUAUAGAUUAAAUUCUUAUAAAGAAUGGUUAUUCAUAAACAUACCUUUUUAUAUUAAAAAGUUUUUGUUUUACUUGCAGGUUCUUAAAGCAAUUUAAUAGACUAGAAAAUAGGUUGUUUAAAUAUAAUUUUAUGCUUAGGAAGUUACUAAAAAAUAUCAGUGCCAUGAGACAUUUUAAUUCAUAGCGAGAUGAAGACAUUUCCAUAUUGACAAAUACAGUGAUUCUGUGCAUGCGAAAGAGGAAAACAAUCGAAAACACAUCUUAAAAAUGGAAAAUUAUUUACAGUGUAAGAGUUGUGAAAAUAUAUUUGAGAAUUAAACCAUUCGGCACCGUAAUAAACAUUCCAUGGUAUUUGUUUAUA